CAGGCAGGCGGCGGCGGCGGAGCGUGGCGCUAAUGCGCCCAGGCGGGAGAGGCGAGGAGGCAGCAGCAGGGCGAUGGCGGAGCGGGGCUCGCCCUGAGACCCCCAGGGCGGCUGCGAGCCGAGAGGGCGGAGGGCUGCCUGCCUGCCUGCCUGCUGACUGAGCCGGCGAGGAUCAGCAAGGCGGGGGGCGGCAGGCCGGCGAGGAGGAGACCCGGAGCGCCUGCUGCGCCUCGGAUCCCUGGCUAGGCGCUGCUGCCGCCCCGUUGCUGAGCUCUGACCCUGGCGCUGCUGCUGCUGCUGCUCGAGCGGACCGAGUCCCCUCCCCUGCCGACACCCGCCUCCUCCUCGGGACCGCGUGAAGCAGGCGGCCAGGCGGGGAGGCGAAGCCGCUGCCUCUCUGUUACGCGCGCCCCACACACGCACGCACACACACACCCCUCGAUUGCGCGGAAGGUGGAGGCGAGGAGAUGGGAUGUUCAUGUGUUCGCCAAAUUCUGUGGCGCUAGUGACGGAGGUUUAUCAGCUGGGCAAGUGUGCGCUCUCCUCUCUCAUCUUGCAUGGAGCCAGUCUCAAGUUAGAAAUCUGAUAAGUUUUCAUCAAGCUAGAAAUUCCCUGGGCUGAAUCUCAAGAAGGAAGAUUUCGCUUUAAAGGAGCUACCAGGAGAGGCCUACACAAACGCUGAUUCAGCUUGAGGCUGUCUGUGGCCUUCCUUUCCGCUAGGUUUUAAUGUCUGAUGUCCCAGCAUCUCUAACAUAGAGACCUGCCUAACCUACUAGUCAACAGGCAAGAGGAACUGAGCCCGGCCAUGGAUGACUAUGACAUCAGGUCCGCUGCCAGCAUUUUGGCAUCCGUGAAAGAGCAGGAGGCUCGUUUCGAGCGGCUCACCCGGGCCCUUGAAGAAGAGCGGCGCAAUGUCUCCCUGCAGCUGGAACGCGCCAACCAGCCCUCGGACCGAGUGAGCAUGUGCACCAUUGGCAACGGGCAGCCCCUGGCCACCGCCUGGCAGCAGCUGGUCCUGCAGGAGCAAAGCCCCAGCAACCAGACGUCUAUAGCAAUGAUGCAGGAGCCCCAAGAAAUGGUAGAGGAGACUGUUACCGUGGAGGAAGAUCCAGGCACCCCGACCUCUCAUGUCUCUAUUGUGACUUCAGAAGAUGGAACCACGAGGAGGACUGAGACCAAGGUUACAAAAAUGGUCAAAACAGUGACCACUAGAACGGUGCGCCAGGUCCCCCUUGGGCCGGAUGGUCUCCCGGUGAUGGAUGGCUCGUCUCCCAUGGGCAGUUACACCGACUCGAUAGACAGACGGCACAUGAACAAUGGGGAACGGUACAUCACGCCGCAAGCUUCUUCCACUUUGACGCGGUCUUACAACAGCUACAACGAUUCCUAUCCCGACAGUCAUGAUGGCCAGUAUCGCCCUUUCAUGGGCCACGACGGUUACGGGGACCUCCCUGACAACUACGGAAGUUUGUCACGUGGCGUCAAUUACCGCCCGCGGUACGCCUACGUCCCUGGGAACAGUUACCGGCCAGAGGAUGGUAGUUUCACCUUGCCAAGCAGAAGGGACAACUAUGGCCCACUGCCUCAGCCCCAGGUGCCCACUGGUAGCAACGUGGACUUGAACCGCUCCCAGCCAGAACGUUUCCAGCCAGAGCCGUAUGGCCUUGAGGAUGAUAACCGCAGCCUUGGGGUUGAUGACGAGGGGUAUGAGCUGGACCCAGAGUACUCCACGGUGAACCGUCGGACAUCGGCGGGGAUGCCUGAGAGAGGAAGGCCUCACAAGGGAAGCAGGGGCUACGAUGAUCCGAUCGAGACUGAGAUCGCCGAGGAGAGGAUCCCGUAUCUGCACGGCAGCUACGCAGCUCCCUUGGCCCAGCCAGAGCGGGGAAGCAUGGCCAGCAUUGACCGCCUGGGCAAGCGCUCCCCUUCCAUUGACAGCAUCCGCAAAGACCCCCGAUGGCGGGACCCCGACCUCCCUGAGGUCAUCGCGAUGCUCAGCCACCCCAUCGACCCGGUCAAGUCCAACGCCGCCGCAUACCUCCAGCACCUCUGCUACGAGAACGACAAGAUCAAGAAAGACGUGCGGCACCUCAAAGGGAUCCCAAUCCUGGUGGGCCUGCUUGACCACCCGAAGCCCGAGGUGCACCGUAAAGCUUGUGGGGCCCUCCGCAACAUCUCCUAUGGGAAGGAUAACGAGAACAAGGUGGCCAUCAAGAACUGCGAUGGCAUCCCGGCUUUGAUCAGGUUGCUGCGGAAGACCAACGACAUGGAGGUGCGAGAACUCAUCACAGGCACUCUUUGGAACCUGUCAUCCUAUGAGCCCCUCAAAAUGGUGAUAAUCAACCACGGGCUUCAGACGCUGACCAAUGAAGUGAUCAUCCCCCACUCUGGGUGGGAGAACGAGCCGAAUGAGGACUCAAAGCCUCGAGACGCUGAGUGGACGACUGUCUUCAAGAAUACAUCGGGAUGUCUGAGGAACGUCAGUUCGGAUGGAGCCGAAGCCCGCAGGAGGCUGCGGGAGUGUGAUGGUCUGGUGGACGCCCUUCUUCACGCCCUCCAGUCGGCAGUUGGCAAGAAAGACACAGAUAACAAGUCUGUGGAGAACUGCGUGUGCAUCAUGCGGAACCUCUCCUACCACGUCCACAAAGAAGUCCCGGGAGCGGACAAGUACCAGGAACUCGAAGCCAGCCAGCCCGGAAGCCUGGGAGGCACUCAGAAGAAGAAGAAAGACGACGCGGGCUGCUUCGGAGGGAAGAAGGCCAAAGAGGAGUGGUUCAAUCAAGGAAAGAAGAAUGGCGAUGUGGACAGAAACUUUGAUACAUUGGAUUUGCCUAAGAGGUCUGAAUCAGCAAAAGGCUUUGAGUUGCUCUAUCAGCCUGAAGUGGUCCGGCUUUACCUCUCGAUUCUCACGGAAAGUCAGAAUUUCAACACCCUGGAAGCAGCCGCGGGAGCCCUUCAGAACCUCAGCGCCGGGAACUGGACGUGGUCCACAUACAUCCGGGCAACAGUACGCAAAGAGAGGGGGCUGCCGGUCCUCGUGGAGCUCCUCCAGUCGGAUUCGGACAAGGUGGUGAGAGCCGUCUCCAUCGCUCUGAGGAAUCUCUCCAUGGAUCGGCGGAACAAAGAUCUCAUAGGUAGUUACGCCAUGGGUGAGCUGGUAAGAAAUUUGCCCAGCAGGCAGCAGAGGUCUCCUAAGAACCUGGAAGAGGAUACGGUGGUGGCCGUCCUGAAUACCAUCCACGAAAUCAUUACUGACAGCUCCGAAAACGCCAGGUCCCUCAUCCAGACUCAAGGCAUUCAGAAGCUGGUGUCCAUCAGCAAGUCGAGCCAGUCUUCUAGGGAAACAAAGGCAGCCUCUCACGUUCUCCAGAUGACGUGGAGUUACAAAGAGUUACGGAGCGCUUUGCAGAAGGAAGGCUGGACCAAAUCCCAUUUUCAGUCUGCAUCUGCUACUCCUAAGGGAUCCAAAGGCACCUCCUGCAGAUCUGGCUACGACGACAGCACUCUCCCGCUCGUGGAUAAAAGUCAAGAUAAUGAAAAAUCUGGAAGUCGAGACAUGAUUCCUAUGGAUGAACUCGGGCCAGACGGCUACUCCACCAUCGAUCACCGAGACAAAGAGAGGAAAUACAAGGCCAACGACAACAUGGGGGAUGCAUCGGAGAAAGAACCACUCAAGAAUGACACAAAUAGGAAAACCAUUAACAGGAGUAACAGGGCUUCGGUGACUCUGGUGGAUGCUCGGGACCCUAAACCCCAGCCUGUUGACUCCUGGGUCUAAUUUGCAUGCAUGGGCUAAAGUCCAACCCGCUUGUUUUAUUAUUUUAUUUUCCUCAACUAAAAGAAGAAUCAACACACAGGAUCUCAUCAACCAUCACUGCCAUUUGAAUUCGGAGGGCCUUGCAUUUGCAUCCGUGGAACCAAACCGGGCUGCAGGUUUGUGGGGUGGGUGGGUCAGAAGGACACCCUUCGUCAGAAGGACGCCCUAACAUGCCUUACCACAGGACCACUUUGCUUCUUAAGAACCAGUUACAUUCCCAACCGACACCCCACCCGCCCCAGUCCGUCUACCUUCCUGCAGGAGAAGGCGGAAUAAAAUCGGGAAAACAUCCCAAGCUUACGUUGGAUGGAUUCGGUUCUUAGCUGACUCUUCUAUGUGGAUGUUGUCAAGUAGGAGAUGAAGGUCAUGAGAUGGGGAAAGGAGAGAAACAAUUUCUUGCGUGAGAGAGAAACUGCAGAAUAUUCCAAGUAUAUCUUAGGUAUAGUCAUGGAAAAGAGCACCUUUUCCCCCCUCCCUUUCUUCCUUUUUUUGGAACUGUGAAUUAAAAAAAAAAAAAUUAGUGAUGAUUUUUUUUUUUGGUGGCCUAAUGUUGAAGUUUUACUCUUUGAUUCAUGGGAAGUGCAGAAUUGUUUUGAGUUGAGUUUGAUGGAUUGGAAUGAAAGGAGAAAGAGUUUUUUUUAAAAAAGAAUCUUGGUUGAAAGGCUUGGAAAUCAUGGAAGCCGAAAUUGACGUGGGCUUGUGUAAUCUACUUUUGAAGUAAACAAUAUCACACUGUGCUCUUUAUAUUAUCUUGGUGUACAAUUCUUCUGCCUUUUGACUUCUGUAACGGCUCUGUUUACUUCCACCAUAUAAAUGGCUCCUCCAUGUUUUUACUGUCCGCAUUGACAAGGAAAUCUCGGCUCCCUGCGGAGCUGAUUGACUGUGUGUCAUUGAGCCUUGCUCAACAUGAACAGAAGAAGGAUUCCCUUUCUUCUUAAUGGGCAGCAUGUUGUUGAUGGGUUGGCUUCUGGACUUUGUCUAUGAGUUUGACUAAAAUAUUAACAAAGAUUGCUUCAAAGGGAACUGUAAGAUGUUUUUCUAAGCCACCCAUGUGUGGAUAUUUUAGUCUGUAAUUUUGGGUUGUUCACUGGAGAAAUGAUGACAUUCUACUUAUGUGCAAGGUCUUACCAAAGGUCUCUUUUGUCAUAUGGGUCUUGGGCAAGGCUUUUGACAUGGGUGGCUAUAUAACCAUAUCCCUUUCCUGCCUUUACUGUAUACAGUGAUACUUUGUGCUUUAACCAUAUUAAUUUCUUUGGGGUUUGGUCCGGUGUAGAAAGAAAAAAAACAGAACUCUAAAUUUCUAAUCCCACUUACACUUGCGUAUUUUCACUCUCGCUCUUUCUUUUUAUUUCUCUCUCUCGCUCUCUCUCUUUGUGAAAAUUGGUUGCCAUAUUCACUUAAAUCGUGUGACUGGAAAGCACAUUUUUUGAAUCCAUCAAAUUUAAUUUUGGGGUUUUCAGUGCCUGCUGCUUCCUUUGUAAUUUAAAAUGGUCAGGGUGGGGCAGGGGAGAUAAAAAAGUAAAACAAAAAAAAUGCUGUAUUAGUUAAACAUCUAACUUUUUGUAAAAAAUUUAAAAAAUCCUUUAAAAAAAAAGAAAAGAAAGCAAGCAUCAAGAGCUUUGUAUCUUCUGGAGUAUAAAGGAAAAUAAAAUUUGACAUGAAUUACA